AUGGGAAGAGAAUCGCACGUACCAAAAACCAUUGAGACCACAGUUAAUCUUCAUAGGAAGAUGUACAAUGUCACCGCUCUGAAGAGAGCCCCCAGGGCGGUGAAAGCAAUUAGGGAGUUGAGCAAAAAACUUAUGGGGACGAGUGAUGUGCGAAUUGACACCAAUCUCAACAAGGAAAUCUGGAGCAAAGGUGUUAAUCACAUUCCCUUCAAAGUACGAGUAAAGAUGGCCCGAAAAGUUAACGAGGAUGAAGAUGCAAAGGAGCCGAUGUACACAUUCGUCAGUUUUGUUGAAUUCCCAAAAAGGCGAUUGGGAAAGAAAACGGAAGUAACAGAAGAUGCUUAA